AUGGAUCUUUGCUUGAUUGAGGAACAACCAUUAGAGCUAGACACUGAGAGCACAGAAGAAGAUAGGAAAUAUUAUAAGGAGUGGUAUAGCUGCAACAGGAAAGCUAAAAAUGUGAUAAGAACCUCCAUGUCUGACACUGUUAGGGGUUCAAUCAUAGAGCCAGAGCUUGCCAUGGAUUUCCUAGAGGCCAUAGGAGAUAAAUACCAAGAGAGUGACAAAGCAGAAGCUGCUAGACUAUCUAAGAGGUUUAAUGAGUUGGAGUUUUCAGGAAAAGGAAGUGUGAGGGAACACAUUAUGGAGCUUAUUGAUCUCAACUCGAGAUUGAGGGAUUUAGACAUGGGAGUUAAAGACUCUCAGGUUGUGCAUGUGGCACUUCAGUCAUUGCCUAACACCUACAGUAACUUGAGAACCUCAUACCAUGCCUAA